AUGACAGCAAAACUGCCGAGCCUGAUACCCCCAUUCCGUUAUGCCAUUGUAGAAGAUGGUCUGUUCCGUGGUGGCUAUCCUAAAGCACGCAACAUGCGAUUCCUUAAAAGAUUACGGUUGAAGACCAUUCUCUCUCUCAUUCCGAACAAGCUGACACCUGAAAUGCACGAGUUUUGUGAGCAACAUGGUAUCUCCAUGAUCCAUAUCAACGUGGACAAGAUGAAGGAGGACAACAUUCCUCUUAGUUAUAACAAGACAUUGAUGGCAUUGCAGAUUAUCAUUGAUCCUGCCAACCAUCCACUGUAUUUGCAUUGUCUUGAUGGAGCCGAUGUCACGGGUUUAGUGGUUGCGUGUAUGAGGAAAUUGCAAAUGUGGAGCACAUCCAGUGCUAUGAGCGAAUUCUCAAGAUACCUUCAUACCAACGUGAUUGCCCAAGAAGAGUUUGAAUUUGUCGAGAACUUCCGCAACUUUGAAGUGACCAUUCCUUGUACCUUACCACUAUGGCUCUGGGGAGGAUGCGUAUCGUUCCGGAAACAUACGUGUCUACGACUCAAGUUCCUUAAUCCUGAAAUGAUGACUGAAGAAGAACGUGAAAUCAAGAAUCGAAAGGAGAAGAUGGAAAAGGAAAAGGAAGAUUACUAUAAAAGACGAAAGAAUGAUUUGUUGGAUAACCUAUUGGAUCCUUCUUUACCUUCGGGUCGUCAUCAUCCACAUCGAUCUCCAAGCUCUGAAUCGGAUAUCCCCACGCAUGCCAAACCACCGUCACUUGCUGGAUCUGAUGAUCUUGGCUUUGUCCCAUCGUCACGGAUUGUAAGCACUGAACGUCGCGAAAGCAAAGAUGCAGGUGCUGCUUAUGAUAGUCCUGGAAGAGAUCGAUAUUUGGUGGACGUCGACGUCGAUGUGGAUGGAGUCAUGAUGGAUGGCUUAGAUCAAGUGGAAUACUAUAAUCGCCUCGGCCACGAUCAACGUGAUACUGAAGAUGGCUAUUACGAACCCGAAGGUGGUGAUGGCAUCAUGAUGGUGGAUAGUACUACGGGUGAAGCUGAGAUGAUUAGUCGGACGUUGGAUGCAUUGGCACUUGAAGGAUUAUAA